AGUUCACAAAGCUACAUCAACACCCAAAACAAGCUGAUCGGCAAAGUGUGAUUACCAGGGUGAUUCGUGCAUCAUAUCAAGGCAAAAUGGCAGACUUCCAAGGCGUUGCUCAGCAAUUUGUUGAAUUUUACUACAAAACCUUCGAUGAAAAUCGGGCGAAUCUUACCGCAUUAUACCGCCAUGAGUCUAUGUUGACUUUUGAAACCUCCUCAGUCCAGGGUGCUACUGGUAUCGCCGAGAAGUUGGAAGGCCUCCCAUUCCAGAAGGUAGCCCAUCGAGUUUCAACUUUGGAUGCCCAGCCUACCCGUGACGGCGGAAUUCUGGUCAUGGUCACCGGUGCUCUUUUGGUUGAUGAAGAGCAAAAACCUUUGAGCUACUCCCAGACUUUCCAACUUCUGCCAGACGGAGCUGGAAGCUACUUCGUGCUUAAUGACAUUUUCCGCCUCGUCUACUCAUAAUAGCAUGAUUGGAAUUUUAUGCGACACGGCGAAGACUGUAUAGAGAAGCGACCGGAAUGGGAUUUAUCAGUAACCCCCAUUGACCGGCGGUCACUUUGGAAUGGUGUGAUGGCAAGCUUGGCCAAUAUCGAAUCAGUUCCCGUGACAAACAGAUCCUUCAAUUUCCACUUUGAUUAAAUAUGUGCAAAUACACCCCCUGUGUGUCAUUUACAUUUCCUUUCCAAGCACUGGUGGUCUGUCGCGCUUCAAGGCCGGAAUGAUCGUACAUUCCUGGAGCAAAAUAGGGACUCCAGCAGCCUAUCCGACUGGGAUCAAUAUUUCACUGAGCACGCUUUUCGACGAACUAUAGUUUCUACCAAAGCCCCUCGCACUAGCAUUUACCUUCAAGCCCUGGCCCUAGCCCCUUAGCGACUACUGUAGUUAACACUCACAGCCUUAUACAUUCGUCUUUUCUUAUA